GACUCUGCAAUUCCCCGGUCGGAGAGGCGGCGGAGGCGGUUUUAGGGAGGUUUUAGGGCUGCCGCAGCAGCAGCAGAAGGGGAGCGAAAAUGGCAGCUUCCGUCGCCGGAAGAUCCGCAUUCCUCCGCGCCAUCUCGAGGGCAACGGCGAGGACUCCGACCAGCUCCACGCCCAGAGGAACGGCCGCCGCGUCGCCCCGCCCUCCGAUCCGUCCCCAUUUUGGACUUCCUCGGACUCCGAUUUCGCCUCCUCCUCCUCCUCCUCCUCCGUCGUUCAGGUUGGUGCGGCGGGAGCUGAGUUCCCUCCUCCCCGUCCACAGCGCCGUUGCUUCUGCUCGCCUCGUGUCGAAGCUCCCCAGCGAAGUCAACUCUUCCUUCGAAGGGAGGUUCGCGAAUUAUCUGAGUCCCAUCUGAAGUUGGUGCCUACGCAAAGCAUAGAGAAUGGCUCUCGCUUCGUCGGAGCUGCUGGAUGAUUCAUUCGGCGGCAGGAAUAGGCUUCCCGAGAUUUUAUCUGUUCAAUCGACCAUACUUUCGGAUUAGAGUGAUUUUUUUUUUCUUCUGUAGUAUUCUGUAUGUUGAAUUUCGUUCUAUUUCGGAGAGGGCAUGGGGGGUCGGAAUUUGUUUUUCCCAAAUAAAUGCCAGAUGAGUUACGCAAGUCUACUGCGAGAAUCAAUGGGCAGUACGCGUUAUAAUUGGUUAUUGAAUUAAGCCUUCUAUCACCACAGUGAAGCGAUGCUACUUUGCUUUGGACCUGAAUUGCUGAGUACUGCUUGAAAUAGCAGGUGCCUUGAUGCAUCACAUUGUAUCUGUGCUUCUUUGUUGCUGUAAAGAGAUAAAUUGCAUAUCCAAUAUGAAGAAUUCAUGACA